AUGUCAGGUAAGAUGACAUUCGUGUUGGAAGAGGACAAACAGAAACAAAGGCACGAAAAGGCAGACCUCAUAAUCGGAUGCGACGGCGCCUUUUCGUCGGUGCGGCGGGCAAUGGUCAAACUGAUCCGGUUCAAUUACAGCCAACAGUAUAUAGAGCACGGCUAUAUUGAGCUCUGUAUACCUCCUAAAGCUAACGGUGACUUCGCUAUGGAAGUGAAUUACCUGCACAUAUGGCCCCGGGGCUCGUUCAUGAUGAUCGCGCUGCCAAACCUGGACCACAGCUUUACGGUCACACUAUUUAUGCCAUUCACUUACUACGAGUCCAUUCAGGACAGGGAGGAUCUGCUCAACUUCUUCAGGCAAUACUUCGCCGAUUCUAUACCAUUGAUCGGAGAGGAACAAUUGGUCAAAGUAUUCUUCGCCGCCCAACCCCUGCCCCUCAUAUCAAUCAAAUGCAAUCCAUACAACUAUUUGGACAAAGUGUUGCUUAUGGGCGACGCCGCCCACGCGAUGGUGCCCUUCUUCGGCCAGGGAAUGAACUGUGGUUUCGAGGACUGUAUCAUUUUGGACGAACUCCUCGCCAAACACGACAACUCCAUCCGCAAAGUGGUGCCACUGUUCAGCGACAGUCGUAUCGAGAAUUGUCACACAAUUAUCGACUUAGCGAUGGAUAACUACAUCGAAAUGCGAGAUCUGGUCAACUCCAGGAGCUUUUUGGUGCGCAAAAAGUUUGACCUCUUCCUAAACACACUGUUCCCCCGCUGGUGGAUACCACUGUACUCGAUGGUGACGUUCACGCGGAUCCCCUACAAGAAGUGCAUCAAAGACCGGCAAUGGCAGGACCGGGUGAUCAGUCGGGCCGGCAAAGUGGGUGUCAUCUCAUUCAUCGGCGCUUUCUUUUACGUCACGUACAGAACCGGAAAAUUAAGUCUUUUUAACGACAGAUUCUCCUUUGAAUUCUUACCUCAAAUUUUUACAGAAUAAUAGAUCGACUAAUUUGAUAUACAUUUUGUGGGCACCGGUAGUCUACUUAACAGUUACUUAUCAUUGCGUCGAAAUAUCUAUUUUUAUGAUUUUUUAAAACUUAAAAUAAGUUUCUAUUAUAUGUUGCGAUGGUUUUUAAUUUGUUAAUUAGUUUAGUAAUCGGUGUAAAUGCUCUGAAA